CCCUGACCUCUUACCUCUCCAUCUAUAUAUGUAGUAUGGACCCACUCUCUUUCGAAUAGGGUUUUUGUAUUCAAUAUGCGGUACUGCAUUGAAAAGAAUGGAUGGGGUUAAGAAAUAGAGAUCUGAGAGAGGGCCCCCGUCUCCUUCCGCCUCUGCUGUGGUCGACGUUGCCGUGGCUUGAAGCCUCGAAGGUCUCCGUAAAUCUCUCUCCUCCUUUGUUUUCCAGCCAACCACAGGCUGGACGAAGGCAAACCCUUCCGCGCGGCCCUCAGAUCAUUGAUCUUUACGUGGUUUAUGCUAUUGUUACAGCUGUAAUUCAGGUUGUCUACAUGGGAAUAGUUGGAUCAUUUCCAUUUAACUCUUUCCUCUCAGGAGUUCUCUCCUGUGUAGGUACAGCGGUACUUGCAGUUUGUCUCCGCAUUCAAGUCAACAAAGAGAAUAAGGAGUUUAAGGAUCUACCACCAGAACGAGCUUAUGCUGAUUUUGUUCUCUGCAAUCUGGUGCUCCAUCUGGUCGUCAUGAACUUCCUCGGGUAGGAGAAACUGUGCCUUGGUGCACCGAGGCAUAGAAUUAUGUUUCUG